AUGACUGCAAAACAAGCAAAAGAGGUUGACGAUAAUGAAAUGCAUCCCCCUCUUGAAGACUUCACAGUUGUUAAACCACUCAUUAGAUUCUAUGAUUAUAAAAAGCUCGCAGAAACUUCCAAAAAUGUAAUGAAAUUAUCUCAAGAAAUAACUAACUUCAAAGCGCCAAAAGUACCAAAUAAAUUUUUAUGGCCCAAGAAAUCUGAAAUUCCGCCGGAUGAUUUCGUCGAAGAUGAAGAAACUUCAGUAAUUGAACCUAUUGACCAAGUAGAGACAAAUAUCGUAGAAAUAAUACCACCUUUAGCUGCAUCUAAACUUGAAUAUGAUUUUCCUGCAACUAAAGAGCUGAAUACUUUAGCUCAAAUUCAAAGAAAAGAAUGUUUUGAUACAUCAAACUUAUUCGAACGAGAAGAAUGGAUGGCUCUAUCAAAUUAUUACGAUGCUCAGAUCAGAGAAAAUACUCAGCGUAAUGAAAUUGUUGAUAAACGCCCUAUAUCAGAUGCUCUUAGAUAUACGUCCAAACUUUCCGCAUUUCCGAUUGAUGUUGGCGGGCAAAAGUUUUACAAAUAUAAUAUACGUUGCGAAAAAAUGGAAAAACGCCAUAAAAGAACAAUGGAAAAAAUAAGUCAAGCGCAUGACCAUGCUUCUGAUGCUCUUAUGAACCACCAUAUACAUUGGAUGACCGCUUUUGGUGAUAUCCAAAAGAUUAAUGUUGAAAACGUGAAAAUUCCAAAAAUCCCUAUUCAACACUACGAAUGA